GAUCAGCUGUCGGAAGGUCCCGAUUUGUGCGGGGGAGCGGCGGGCGCUCGGCAGAACCGCGCGAUCGGCACCGGCACCGGCAUCACCUCCGCGCCUCCCGCCGCUCCCCGCCGCGGUGCCGCCACGGGCAGGGCCUUUGCACUGAAGCCAAGUGAAGAACCUCAGAAUUGCACUACGCACCGUUUAACUCAGCUACGAUUUCAGUAGCAGCAAAGUAUCUCUGCCACCACUGAGACCUCGAGUGCUUUUAACCCUCUCUGCCCAUUGCUCCCAUCUCCACACCUGAGCAGGAGCUCUAACUCACCGUCCAUCCUACGGGACCGCUCCCCACCAUGUUUCAGCGUCUCACCAGCCUCUUCUUCAGUGACAGCAGCACUCCAGAAGGCCUUGAGGAGCCCAAACCCUUUGUCGAGGAGGAGGAGGAGGAGGAUGGCUGGCUCAUAAUUGACCUUGCAGGCAGCCGUGCCCGCCCCGGCGCAGCCCGGCGAGUGGGUGCUGGCGGCACCGGGUGCUCGGCGCGAUCCCGCCCGGCUCCCCCCGGUCCGUCACCACCACCGGCCGCUUCCCCGGCUCCAGCCGGUCCCUGCUUGAUGGACGAGAGUUGGUUUGUCACCCCUCCCCCCUGUUUUACUGCAGAGGGGCCCGGCCCCGACGGCGUGGGGAGCAGCCCCAUGGAGGACCUGCUCAUCGAGCACCCCAGCAUGUCUGUCUAUGUCACCAGCACCCUCGAGGUGGAUGGGGAGGGCCCUGAGGAUGAUGCUGCUGAGGAGGUGCCGGAGCCGCGGCUGGAGCGGCACGUGCCGCACCACAGCAGGUCCCUCUCGGUGAAGGCUGCCAUCCUGGAGAAGGUGGGUCAGGCGCGGCGGGUGCAGCGGGCCAAGCAGCUGGCCGAGAAGCACCGGCUGAGCCAGAAGGCGCUGCAGCGGCAGAACCGCGCCUGCCAGCGCCCGCUGCGCCGCACCAAGCAGCACGUCGGCACCUUCGUCCACCAGCCCUGCCAGCGCCACUGCAACUACUGACCUCGCCGGGACGCCCGCGCCGCCGCUGCCCGGCACCGCCACCGACACACCGCGGUGCGGCCGGGCUGCGGUUCCACUCCGUACCCUCACACACACCCCCCUGCACACCCAGGCCUCCACUCAGCAUCUUCCUCAUCCUCCUCCCCUCGCCCUUCACCCACAACGCCGGCCAGGCCAGCAGCUCCAGCAUGGAGGGCCGGGUUGUCCUCUCCACCUCGCAGCCAUGCCAGCCUUCACAUGGGAAUUGGGUAUUCCUGGUGAGAUUCCCCCUGGUUGGGAAACGUGCGUCGAAGCCUGUUUGUCCUGAUGAACCUGUGACAUCAGUGCCUUUCUUCCAGACGUCAUGACUCCACGUAUAGCCAGACUGGGAUGUCACAAGCAGAGACACCAUGAAAAGAGCAAUGAAGCAAAAAGAAUUGGGAUUCUUUAGGAAAAUCUCAUCAAUGACACUAAAUAAUGCUUCCUCCCUGCCAAAACCAGCAAAUACCCUGCUCCCUCCUCCACUUCUUACCUAUGUUUUUACAGUGAUAAGACCCCGCUGCUGGUCCUUGUCGUGGGGAAGAGCUGGUGGAACCCUUGGUGGCAGGGUCAUCCGGCAGCUCGUGGUGCCUCAUGGUGUUUUUUUAAAGACAACCUUAAAGCAAUCUCAGGAACCAAAGCACCGUCCCAGCGCCUCACCUGAGCCCGCUGCGGGGCGGGCAUCCAGCCCAGGGCCAGUGGGAGCAUCACCAUGGCUGGUGGUCCUGCCGAGCUGCUGGGUGCCUCGUCCUAGUGAGCCCCUUCCUCCUGGAGCCGCUCAUCUGCCCGAGCCACAGCUCUAAACAUACAUAUGUAUGGGUGUAUUUCCCUGUAUUUCUAUAUACUUGGAAGAGGAGCCGUUUAAGCCAAGGAGCAUCGGCUGCUCAAUCCCUGGGAGGGGAUCGAGGCAGGGACCUGUGCAGCUUCCCCAAGGUGGCAAAAGCACGUUGAAGCUGGUGGUGAAGGGAUGAUGAAGAAGAGGCCAGAGGGAAGAGGCUGAAGUAAGGGUGAAGGUGGACCUGGGAGCAUCUGCAAAGGGACAGGAAGGAGCAGGCCCUGGCAGUGGGGCCAGGCAAGAGGGUUGCUGCAGUGGAGCUGUGAUGGGAACGUCUUUCCCCCUGACUAAAAAUUGCAUCCUUUCCUGCGAAUGGACAAAUUCCGUUGUGAGCAGCACUGGUUUGUAAUGCAAAUCCCUCCCCUCCCCAUGAUGGACUCAUUCUGCCCUUCAAACAACACGGUCCAGACUUUUCACCGGCUCCAGCACCAGCUGAGAUGGCUCCAAACCCAGCAGAAAUUUGUUGUUUCCUCCCAACUCCCUCCCUUUAGGGACUGGUUUUGUACCCCCAUGUGCUGGGGAAGCUCUGGCCAUCCGUCCUGCUCACAGCCACCUCACAGCCUGGCUUCCCACCCUCUGAGACAAGAAAUACCCCUCACCCCCUUACCCAUCCCCAAAAAAUGCUGAUUUCACACGAGUUUCUUCCAUUCACCAUGUUAUAUCCCUCAAUAUCAGCUUUGGACCGAGGUUGAAGGGAUCAUGGUGAGCCCAACCUCAGACAGCUGAUAUUUAUUCACUUUUUAAUGAGAUUAAAACUAAAAUGAACCCUUUUAGGAGCACCAGCCCCAGCUCUGUGCCUGGGAGCUUGGGCUGCAGCCACAGCCACCAGCCCUCACCGUUGAGCCUAAGACCACGCUGGAGAUCGUCCUGUUUCUGGUGUCUUCCCAUCGGACUGAUGACUCCUGGACUCGAGGGGAACGUUUACAUCCUUUGGCUUCCUGGGCUUCACAUUAAAGGCCUUUUUCCCCCCUUGAAUUGAUGCCUGGUAUGAACUGGGGGCGUGGAUGCUGGCAUAGGUGCUUGUGAAGACAUGCAGGGGCUGAGCCCAAGCUGUCAGGAUGAGGUGCUGCCUUCCCCUGCUGCUCCUUCCUGCAUCACUGGUGAUACGCUCUGUGAUCAUCAGGCAGCAGCUUUAGAGGAAGCAUCUUUUCCCUAGCCCAAACGUACAUCAAGAUGUGGACAAGCCAAGCAGUGACCUGCCUCCCAGCCCGCUCUCCAUUGCAUCUGAGAUGCCACCAGUCCUUCUGAAGCGCUCUGACCCCAGAGACUGGUUGUGACACCAUCACCCCCUCUGCAGCUCCAGGGCUGGGGGGCAGCAAGGCUGGCUGGAUCCUGCCAGGUCUGUCCUACCAGGCCUUCCCGUGCCCACUGGUACCCCAGUAGAAGAACCCCCUCAUGGAAACCCUCCCCUGCAUCCUGCUCAUCUGUUGUGAGCCAGAACCCCUCGGCCGUGGUCCCGGGGGAUCAGCACAGUCGUGGCCCCAGCACCCAUUUCAAACGGCCGAUGCUGUUAUUCCAUCCUGGUUUUCAGAAGCAAAUGCAAACUGUUUUCUUCCCUUUUCUUCUUCCUGUGCCAGUCUGAGACAUCUUCCAUCACGCCAUGCCCAGCCAGCCCAGGACAUGGAGCAGAACUGUUACCACACUUUAUAUCAAGAGUAUGUUUAUAUAGGAUUAAUAAAUUAUUAAUAAUGUUUUCAUGAAGAGGUUAAUUCAGCAUCCAGGAGGUCAAUGGAGUGCACUUACCACAGCAUGUCCUGAGACUCCCCCCUGUUGUUGGCACGCUUGCUUGUAUAUUAACAUCUAGUAAUCACCUAUCAACCCCCUGCAAAGUGACUGUCGAUCCACCAGUGACCAACCCUUCUUAUGCUGUGGCAAAGGUGUGUUCAUCCUGCGCUUUGCAGAAGUUCUGCAAUGCUCCUCUCCUGCCCAACAGUGAGCACAAGGCCUGGCCUGAUACCAAAUCUCCUGCCCAGUGUUGCCAGAGCAAGAAACCCCCUUUACACUGAGGUUACGAGUCUCCUCAAAUCUUAAAACAAAUGAAAGGUGCUUAAAAACUGAGAACUUCUUCUGUGUGUGCACAUGUGUGCAUGUGUAGAUACUUCACGACACAGUGUGGGUGUUCGGAGGGCUGCUUUGGGGUGUGGGGUUUAGUUUUUUAGGGGUUCGUUGGGGUUUUUUUGCACCCAGUAUUUUCAGUUUGUGACUAGCUGUGUGAUGCUCCCAACGGGAAGGUGAAGCAAACACGGUGCUGGCUGGCAGGGAAGCCCUUGGGCUGGUGUCCUGCUUGAACAGCUAGGAUGAGUCUUGCUUGCUUUUCUUGACUUGCAGAGGGGGAAACUACAGCAUGGACUCAGGGACAAACAAAUGUGCUGGGGUCUAUAACAAUGUGUUCUUUAUGGGUUUCUCUGUUCGGAUGUGGGGUUUGUUUCUGUCUGUGAGGCCUUUGGCUGUGUGGUCCUGAAGGAUGCUGCGGGGAUGCAGCCGGAGCCUUUGGCAGCACGUGUUGGUGUGAAGCUGCUCAGGGUGCUGUGUGUUGGGAGAGCUGCAGGGUUUGAUGUUCUGACAUAGUGUCUGUGUGGAAAAGGAGCUGUGGCCACUUGUGGUGGAACUAUCCCUGAGCAGCAGCCCAUGUCCCAAAUAUUCACCUUAAAGCUGCUGGAAUGUGGCUGGUCCUUCCUUGCAUUUGUUUGUGAAAAAUCACGUAUGGAUUUUAAGCAGUAAGCCCCCGAGGAUUUGGGAAGCGAAGUGAAGCCGUGCUUUCUGCAUCAGCCACAGCUGGCCUGGCUCCACCGUGACCCUGGGAUCAGAAGGCAGCUGAGAUGGGAGAAGCCGUCUGAGCCAUCAUGUGGAGAAAUGCUGGUGCAGGUCAGAGGCAGAUUUGUGGGAGGAAAUGUCUGUAUUUCUUGCAAUGAAAGCAUAAAGAAAAAAGGAAGAAUUCCCCCCUGGAGAGACCUGGGUGAAUCUGUCCUGGGCCUGGCAGCAGCUUCCCAGCCACAUGCUGGUAUCACAGCGAGCAGCAGCAUGGAUGGGCAGGCUUUGGGACAUGGGGAAACUGCAGGCAGGCUGCGGCAGCACUGCCUGGAGCUUGUGAGGCAGCAGACCCCUAUGAUGAAAAGAUCCUUUCCAGCACUCAAAGUCCCCAUGGGGAUCUUCUUCAAGCAGGGCACGAGGAAUCUGGGUCUCAGUGGUCUUCACUCAGUAGAGGGCAGGGCAGUUUGCCUACAUCCCAGUCCAAUGGAUGAACCCCUCGAAGUGAGUGUUGAGGCUGCCCCAGCCAUCAGGACAGGACCAGGAGGAGCAGCUCUCCUGGAGAAGUUCCACCUCUCGAGAUGAACACCAGACCACGCCAGGACACAUCUGAACACCCGUACCUUAUGUGACCCAGCUCCUGGCAGCUCCCUGCGUGGUGCUGAUGGGGACACCUCAUGGGCAGCCACAUCAGCCACAGCAAAGUCCUUCCACCAACCUUUGGCUCUGCAAGGCCGGGGAGAGCUGCCAGGGGCAGUGGGGCAAAAGUCCUGGUCACCUCUGAAACUUGCACCCACAAAUGCGCUUUCCAAAAGGCUCUGCUGUAAAAGCUCCAUCUGAAGGAAGCAAAGUCUUUCCAUGGGAGUCAGCGUUUCUUCUGCAUCAUGGAUAACAUAAACAUGUGGCCCAUCCCAGAGAUCACUGCCGUGGGAAUCUUCACUCUUCCUUUAGCAUGUUUCUAAUCAAGAGAUUAUUUAAAUUUACAUCUUGCUGAUAUCUUUUCCUCUUCCAUCCAGCCCCACUGGGGAAAAAAACCCUCAUUAGUUCUAUUAUCAUACCAGUCAGAAUGAAAAAAUAGAUGAAAAAAUACUCCAGUGAGGUUCUAGACUUGAAUGACACAGCUUCAAGUCUUCCUGUGUAGGAUAAACAUCACUUCCAGUGCCCCGCAUAAAGCAGAAAUUAAAUUCCAGGUGAAUUUAUUGAAAAACAAGCAAGUCCUCAAAGACUAAACCAUGUAAUAAUUAGAAAACGAGCUGUAAAAAGCAAUGGGACACGUCAAGCCAAGAAAAAUGGUUCUCAGCAUCUGCCUGUUGCUGCCUGCCAGAGGCAGCGCCGAGCCCUGCUCCCCUGAGCUGGGGAAGGGGUGAUCCAUGAGUCUUCCCUCAGUGUCUGGGCUUAAAAGAUGCUGGUGCCAUGGUGACUCUCUGGCCACUGGGGAUUGUCGAUACCCAACACACCUGCAGCAUCUCCAUACCAGGAGACCAGCCAGGAACAUUAAAGGGCAUUGAGUAGGGUUGGUCACCUCAGGGCUUGUCUUCUUCAAGGAGCUUCCAUCUCCUCCCAUUUCUCUCAGAUCUGCUCAAUACAAUGUUGAUGUCAUGAAUAAUUUCCCGGCAUCCUGAAGGGCUCAGUUCUCACCCCCCCAAGAUGAGCAGCUCCGAUGAUUGAUAACAGAGAUGGCUCUUAGGUGUAGUCUGUUUUAAAGUUCUUGUUUAGAGAGAGGUGACACAGAAGUGUCCCCCCAUUACACUCGCUCGGAGCUAAUACCUCCAGGGCUGGUUUAGGGGGGUGCUUUUCCAGCCCCAAACCCACAGCAAGUGCAAAGCUCUGUUGGAGGGAUGCUACGACAUGCCCUGGUGUACGAAAACACUGCACGAAGCGUUGGCUCUGUCACAGCUAACCACAAAAAUCCCUCUGCCUUCCACCCCUGUAUGUUCUAGCACUUUUGUGAGAAGAAGGUUUCAUUCCUUGCAAAUAGAGGUGGGAAAGUGGCACAGUGAAUUUUAAGUGUAGCUUAAAAAUGGGUUGCACAGGGGAGCCCAGAGUUUCUCCACUCUUUCACAUUCACCUCACGUAUCCACAUCAGGGAAGCUGGGAGCAGCUUGUGCCCAAGUCUCAUUGAAAUCUUAUCCUCAGCUUCGUAUCAACACAAUUAUGCUUUGGGAAAUGUAGGGAUGAGGGAAUAGCACAAGGUGUAACAAUGAAAUAGUCAUAUUUUCUCUUGUCUCAUAAAUAUACCUGUACAGAGCCACUGAGCACUGCAAUAUUUUAGUUGUAUGUAUAAACCCGAGGUAUUCUGCUUGUAAAACUCCUCCACGCGCCUCAUCCAUCCCCAUGCUGGACUGACUGUACAUGUGCCUUUCACCCUUUGUCAUGGUUUCUCAUCCUUUUUUUUAACACAACUGCAGAACUUGAAUAAACCAGUGAACUAUAGUUAAAAGUCCUAUGCAAGAGAUGACUGGGGAGUCAGUUUUCAGUAUUUCUGUGUUUCUACGUUGUUUUAAAGGUAGACACUGGGCUUUUCAGAGAAGCCUGGCAAAAUUAAUGCCCUAAAAAGCACUGAGCUUCUUUUGUUGUUUUAGCUAAAAAGCAUUUCAGAUGCUAAAUCUCUUAGGCAGCUUUGGAAAGCUCAGCCUAAACCCCAGUCCCCCACUGGUUUGUGCGUGGAGAGUGAGCAGUACGAGCACCAGCACUUGGCCAGGAGAGAGCGUGUUCAACAGCCAGUGUUUCCUUUCAAGAGAAAGAAGAAGAAAGUGCUAUUUGGUCAGAAAAGGUGCUAUUUGGUUGGAAGAGGUUGCCUUAAGCCCUCCCUAACAUGCAUUGGAGAAUGUGAUCGCCCCCGGCCGCAGCCCUGUGCCCCACCGGGCAGAGCAGCCACGCAGCUGACCCUGUUGGGGUGCUGCAGAGGACCCACGCCAUCAAGCAGAUGCCCACGCAGCAGUUCUGUAUCAGCCGUGCUCUGCUGAAUGCCUUACAACAGUGGGACAACUUCCACACCGGGAUGUUGAAAGAGGAAACAGAAGCCCCACGUUUUUCUACAUCACCUCUGCUGCAGGACUGAAACCUCGUCCGAAACUCGAAGCUAACAAAAUCUGUCCUUUUUUUUGUGUGUUACGUGUUCAAUCGGUGUAAGCAAGGUUAGUAGAGAAAGGGUGUCUACUUCUCGUAGGACGUUGUUUAAACAUUUGCUGUGUGUCAACAGACUGAAGGACACGACUGCCUGGAAUACGUUAUGUAGUGUGCCUGUGUGUAUGUAACCUGGUUUUGGUUGUUAGGUUGUAAUGCUGUCUUUUGACUGAAAAAAAAAAAUCUAAUAUAAAGAAAAAACCACGAGAAAUAAAAAAAAUAUAUAUA